GCCAUUAUUUCCUCACCAGCCUCCUAAGAAAUUGAAUUUCAAUCAUAGGUGUGAAAGAAAAUGCCUCAGCUGCUACAUGGGAUGCUUACAGUAACAAUAAGUGAAGUUGACAGGUUGCAAUCUGGAUGUAAUUUGAAUUUUUGUCGCAAGGGCACAACACACAAGGGGAAGAGAUUUCUGGCCCAAGUCAAAGGUUGUCUCUUGUGCCGGCCUGAGAUUGUUGGGACAAGACUCUAUGCAACAGUUGAUUUAGAUAAGGCAAGGGUUGGACGAACCAGAAUGAUAGGGAAUCAACCUUCAAACCCCAAAUGGAACGAAACCUUUGAAAUCUAUUGUGCUCAUUACAUAUCAAACCUUGUAUUCACUGUCAAAGAUGAUAAUCCAAUUGGAGCAACUCUAAUUGGAAGAGCUUACAUCCCUACUGAAAAAGUUCUCAAAGGACAUAUAAUUGACAGAUGGGUUGAGAUAUUAGACGAAGAAGAUCAUCGCCCUGUACCAGGUGGUUCUAAAAUCCGUGUUAGUAUGCAUUUCUCUAGUGUCACUGAGGACAGAAGUUGUCUAUGGUCUCAGGGAAUACACAUGCCAUUUUUGGGAGUUCCGCGGAUAUUUUUUGACCAGAGACAAGGCUGUAGUGUUACUUUAUACCAAGAUGCUCAUGUUCCUGAUAGUAUUCAUCCUUGGAUUCCAAUAUCUGGAACAAAAUCUUAUGUUCCUGGAAGAUGUUGGGAAGAUAUUUACAAUGCAAUUAUGGAUGCCAAACACUUUAUUUACAUAACAGGUUGGUCUGUUCAUACUGAAAUAACCUUGAUUAGGGACCCAAAAAAGUCAACAGAAACUAGUAUCACCCUUGGAGAAAUGCUCAAGAGAAAAGCCGAUGAAGGUGUUAAUGUUCUUAUGCUUGUUUGGGAUGACAGAACCUCUGUUCCAGGUUUUAAGGAGGACGGUUUGAUGGGAACACACGAUCAAGAAACUGCAUAUUACUUUAGAGACACAAAGGUACAUUGUGUUUUAUGUCCACGUAAUCCUGAUGGUGGAAGAAGCAUCGUUCAAGGUUUUCAGAUUUCAACAAUGUUCACUCAUCACCAAAAGACUAUAAUUGUUGAUGGUCAUCAUGUUGAAGAAUCAAAGAAGCGGACCGUUAUCAGUUUCGUAGGCGGACUCGAUCUGUGUGAUGGGAGAUAUGAUACCAUGGAACACCCUUUGUUUUCAACAUUGAAUACAGUUCAUCAUGAUGAUUUUCAUCAGCCUAAUUUCCCGGGUGCUUCUAUUAACAAAGGCGGUCCUAGAGAACCGUGGCAUGAUAUUCAUUGUAAGCUAGAAGGACCUGUUGCAUGGGACGUGUUGUACAACUUUGAGCAAAGAUGGGAAAAGCAAGUUGGGAAGCAAUUCCUACUACCAAUUGAAUUGCUUUAUAGAAUUCUAAUCCACCCUUCUGAUGCAAUGAUAUCAGAAGAAGAUGGAGACACUUGGAGUGUUCAGUUGUUUAGGUCCAUAGACGGUGGUGCUGUUUCUCACUUCCCUCAAGCACCCGAUGAAGCUAUUGAAUUAGGACUUGUUAGUGGAAAAGAUAACAUCAUUGAUAGAAGCAUUCAGGAUGCCUACAUAAACGCUAUUCGACGAGCUAAAAACUUCAUCUACAUUGAAAAUCAGUAUUUCCUAGGGAGUUCUUAUGGUUGGAAAGCAUCUGAUAUUAAAGUUGAAGAUAUUGGUGCUUUGCAUCUCAUACCAAAGGAAAUUUCAUUGAAGAUUGUCAGCAAGAUUGAAGCGGGAGAGAGGUUUGUCGUGUAUGUGGUGAUACCAAUGUGGCCAGAAGGUAUACCUGAAAGUGCAUCAGUUCAGGCGAUAUUGGAUUGGCAACGAAGGACCAUGGAGAUGAUGUAUUCUGAUAUUGCUGAUGCCAUAAAAAAGAAGAAUAUUGAAGCUCACCCUCGCGAUUAUUUGACAUUUUAUUGCCUUGGCAAAAGGGAGAGUAAGAAAGAUGGAGAGUAUACUCCUCCACAGGAACCAAAGCCUAACACUGACUAUCAUAGGGCACAAAAGUCUAGAAGGUUCAUGAUCUAUGUUCAUUCCAAGAUGAUGAUAGUGGAUGAUGAAUACAUACUGAUUGGUUCAGCAAACAUAAACCAAAGAUCAAUGGAUGGUGGAAGAGACACAGAGAUAGCAAUGGGAGCAUUCCAGCCGCAUCAUCUAGCAUCCAUUGGCCCUCAAAGACCACAAGGUCAAAUUUACGGGUUCAGAAGAGCCUUAUGGUAUGAACAUAUUGGUGGUAACAGCGAUGAUUUUGAUGAACCUGAAAGUGUGGAAUGUGUGAAACUUGUGAACCGUGUUGCAGAGAGAAAUUGGAAAUUAUACUGUGAUGAUACAUUAGAUGAAAGUGUAACUACUCACCUAUUGAGGUAUCCUGUUGAAGUGGGUGAAGAUGGAAGUGUAACAUCACUUCCAGGGAUGCAAUAUUUUCCUGAUACUAAGGCUUUGAUUGUUGGUUCGAAAUCUGAGUUGCUUCCUCCAAUUCUUACCACUUAGGUUGAUAGGGGAAUAUCGUCAAACACUUGUUAGGCAUAUUCAUGAUGAGAAAAAAAUAUAACAAUGUUCAACUUUGAUGAUGUGGUGCAAUAAAGGGGUGUGUGUAUUGUGAAAAAAUAACCCAAGCCUAAGGUUUGGCGUUACACUUUAUUUUAAAUAGGAAAGCCUUUUGUAGUCUUUAGUUACAAAAAUAAUAAUAACACAGCAUACCAUAAAAAAAGUUUAUUAAA